CGCACGCUACACGCCCGCGCUUCGCUCGGCGCACAGCGCACGCGCACGCGACGCACCAGCCCCGCACCUCCCCGCGCCUCUAGCGCACCACGUGUACACACAAGUGCUCAUAUGACAUUCAACGCUUAGUUCAUUCUACAAUAUGCAAGAGCAAAGCUCCUCGCGAUCCAAGACCACACUAAACUCGCUGGAGAGCGCUAUCAUCAAGCUGAAGAAUAAUCUGCAGAUUCAAGACAACAAGCCCUCCCCGGAUAUGAGUGGAUUGACUGUCGAACCCUCGUCGAUCGACGAUACUAAAGGAAUAACAAGUAAGGCUAGCAGUUUAUCUCCUUCGAAUAUAAACUUAUCAAUAGCGUCUGCAGCGCUCCUACAAGAAAAUAUGUUGCAACGGUCAUUGCAAGGAGUCGUUUUAUCGCUGCAAAAUGCAAUGAUGAAUUCUCUGCAGCAAGCGGCCUUGCUGCCGUCUAACUCUGCAGCUGCAGCUGCACUUAAUCUCCAAGCACUAGAAUCUUAUUUAACACUGCAGCGUUUAACUUCUGUAUCGACCGUUGGAAAUUCAAAUCAAUCAAACGUCACCGAGAAUAAUUCAACUUCAAAACAAGACAUCUUAAGAAUAGCAACCGCGAGCGCAAAGAUAACAGAAGUCGAUGUAUCAGAAAAUACUAGAGAAUUUUCACCUAAAACACCUGAAGAAUACCCGUUAUCUGAUGCUAUUGCUGCUGAGGAUGUUGAUUUAUCAGAAGAAGUCGAGGAGGACCUAGCUUUAUUGGACAAUGAGGAUGAAUUCACUUUAGAGCAACAUCUAGAAUCUACAUCAAAAGGUUAUGGAUAUAGUUCACAAAAUUUAGAUAACGGAUACCCUAGUUUGCUAAUGAACGCGAUGUACCAGCAACAAAUGAAUGGCAGUCCGACCCAACCACCAUUAUCUCCACAGCCUUCUAACUCCUCCAGUUCAAAAUCAACAAACAGUUCAACAUCUUCAACGGGAAGCAGUAUUUCAAAUAAACAGAAGACAACAGGAAGCGGCCCUAGGACAAAGAAACAAUUUAUCUGCAAGUUUUGCAAUCGACAGUUCACAAAAUCAUACAACUUACUAAUACAUGAACGAACGCACACGGACGAGAGACCUUACUCAUGUGACAUUUGCGGCAAAGCUUUCCGACGGCAAGAUCAUCUCAGGGACCACAGAUAUAUUCACUCCAAGGAAAAGCCGUUCAAAUGCAUGGAAUGUGGCAAAGGUUUCUGUCAAUCGAGAACUCUUGCUGUUCAUAAAAUCCUACAUAUGGAAGAAUCUCCACAUAAAUGCCCAGUUUGCAGCAGAAGUUUCAAUCAACGGUCGAAUCUCAAGACGCAUUUAUUAACACACACUGAUAUCAAACCUUACAAUUGUUCUUCUUGCGGGAAAGUGUUUCGAAGGAAUUGUGAUUUAAGACGACACAGUUUGACGCACAAUCUUGUUGGAAUAUCGUCAGUUAAUACUUCACCCAGUGGUUCUAAUGGAAAGAGUCCAAUAUUGAAUCCUAACUUCCCAAUCGAUAGUUUAGAUACUGAAGAUGAAAAUUAAUGUAAUGAAAUUGUAUCGAAAUUGAUUAUAUUAUCAAGACUGAAUUACUAUUUUAUAGAAGUGCCUUCUCUAUACAUAUUAACAAUUUUGUUUAUAAACUUUAUACCUUUGUGAAGUUUUAUACAAACUUUAAUUUAAAUUUUUCGGAGGAACAACACUAAGGGAAUACUUAAGUAAGCAGUACGACUGUCAGUAGGGCAUUUUUUUUUUUGUUUACUGUACAAAUAAAAAAAUUGUUUACUAUUAUUUUUGUACUUCUGUAAACUUUUGUCAUAUAGAUUGGUUAAGGUACCUUUCAUUAAAAGCGAAAUUAUUUGGAAUCAUUUAUUUUUAAAUAGGUACUAGAUAUAUUUAUGUUUAUUUCUUAAAAUCUUGUAAAUUAUCUGAUCUCAUAUUGUAAAUGUAUGUAAAAAUUUAAGAUUACGUGCCUUAGUCAUCGUGUAAAAUUCAUCCGUCCAUAGAUAUAAGAAUAUUAAUAAUAAUGAUGUAAGAGCAGGCGAACACCUUUGACUAAACUAUCGCAUAACUGUUGUGC